UACUUUGUGGCUGUGGUAACUUGCCGUUUGUGGGAGAGCCGAGCAAACAGCUAGCAAGGCAGCUAAAAUGUCUUGAUUACAAAUAGUCGCUUUGUGAAAUAGAAUUAGAUGACUUGUUACAUAGAUCAAACGCGUUGAUAUUUAGCUCCUCUUGUUGUGUCAACAUCGUGAUAGUUUUCGCUAGCAAUUCUAUUUUAGUCCUGUUGCAGCCACUGAGGUAUAAUAAGGACGUUUGUAUCUGGAAGACGAGAGUCGCACAGUCAUGUAACUGUAAUGCAGGAGGUGUCUAACUGAUCCAGUGCCAGCCCCUCUGAAGUAACACCAGACUGCCUUGAAGUGUUAAGAAAACCCAGCAAGACAUAGUCAUGUUGGAGGAGGACAUGGAAGUGGCCAUCAAGGUGGUGGUGGUGGGCAAUGGUGCGGUGGGGAAGUCCAGCAUGAUCCAGCGCUACUGCAAGGGCAUCUUCACCAAGGACUACAAGAAGACCAUCGGUGUGGACUUCCUGGAGAGGCAGAUACUAGUGAAUGAUGAAGAUGUGAGAUUGAUGUUGUGGGACACAGCAGGGCAGGAAGAGUUUGAUGCCAUCACCAAGGCCUACUACCGUGGUGCCCAGGCGUGUGUUCUGGUCUUCUCCACCACCGACAGGGAGUCGUUCGAGGCGGUCAGCAGCUGGUGGGAGAAGGUGGAGCUAGAGGUGGGAGACAUCCCCACUGUCCUGGUGCAGAACAAGAUUGACCUUCUGGAUGACACGAUGAUCAAAAAUGAGGAGGCAGAAGGUCUGGCCAAGAAGCUCAAGUUGAGGUUUUAUAGAACCUCUGUAAAGGAGGACCUCAAUGUCAAUGAAGUUUUCAAAUACCUAGCAGAUAAGUAUCUGCAGCGACUCAAGCGGCAAACCGCAGAGGAGCCCGAAGCAGUGCAUACAGCAGGCAAUAAAAUUGGCGUUUUCAACACCACAAGUAGUAACCUAUCUAGUCAGAACUCCAGCAAUGGCCGUGAAAUCAUCAGCUUGCGGCCCCACAAACAGAGGACCAAGAAGAGCAAAAACCUCUUCAGUAGCUGCAGCCUUCUUUAGAAUCAAUCCAUUCCCUUCAAUACUGUAAGUUUUGACUGCCAUAUGUGAGGGAAAGAGUCUUGAGUGAUGAAUGGUUGUGUAUUAUAGGGGUAGAUUCUUUCACAGACCAAAAUCUGCAUAGAACACGGUAUGUUAUCAAUUUGAGCUCAACCUAGAUCUAAUCUGCACCUGCACAUUGUGCCUAUCAUGACGUUGAGCAUCUUUACAGAUCCAGUCUAGCCUUUGAUUCGCAUGGAUAGAUGGGAGAUCUAAAGCACCAGUAUGGCAAAAGUAACAAUAGUCCUCCUGAUGGCUGCAAUGGAUACCAAAACCUAUGUUGUAGCAUGAAUGGAAUUCUUGAAGCUUAUCUUUUGGGAAAUUGAGGUUGGGCGUUGCAGGGUUUUCCCCAUUUACACCCUUCAACAUGUUGUAGGGAAGGGUUACAUUCUAGUUCACUAACAAGGCAUCUUUGUAUGUUCAUAUGUGAUUUUUACAGAUUACCAUUUGUGCAUUUGACUGUUCAUCUGUGCAAUAUGUUUAUUGUAAGAGAUAUACUGAUUAUUUUGUACCAUAUUUUGUUUAAAAUAUUAAUGGAAUAUGGUUCAAUCUAUGCUGUAUAUUGUGGAUAAAGACUUGGACAUAAUUGUUCAUUGUAUUCUGAAAGGUAUUUUUAUAUGAAUUUUAAGUGUUUAACAAAUGUUUGCAGACAAUGACUUACCUAAAACGUAACAUAGUGCCAAAUAGUUUCUUAACUUCCUUUUAUUGUUGAAAGAAAUGUACAUAUUUUAAGGUGAAAGGUAGGAGUGAUUGGUAGUUGUAUGAGAAUACUGAAUUACAACAAAGACCAAUAGAAUGUGCUCUUAUAUUACCAAAUAAAAUUUGAGAUUCGCACAA